AUGGCUGCCAUUCGCCCAUACGACCUGGUUCUCCUGGGUCCCACCGGCUACACCGGUCGAUUCUGUGCGGAUCAUAUCGUCCAGAAUCAUCCUACCGAUUUGAAAUGGGCUAUCGCUGGCCGUUCGGCGUCCAAGAUGGAGCUCAUCGCUCAGGAGCUCAAGACUCUUAACCCGGACCGCGUCCAGCCAGAUGUCCUCGUGGUUCAGCUCAACCUUACAGAACUGAACGAGCUAGCUCAGAAGACGAAGCUGGUCAUCAACUGUGUCGGCCCUUAUCACCUCUACUCGACUCCAGUGGUGGAGGCAUGUGCCGCCAAUGGAACUCAUUAUGUUGACGCGACUGGCGAAACGCCGUGGAUCAGGUACAUUAUCGACAAAUACCACGAGUCGGCCAAGGCCAAUGGUGCCAUUAUCAUUCCCUCGGUUGGGGUAGAGAGUGCCCCGGCCGAUAUCCUGGCAUGGUCUCUUGUCAAGCGAGUUCGAGAGGAUCUCUCGUCCCAAACUAGGUCAAUCAACAGCACUAUAAAGGAAAUGAAAUCCUCUGGUGCUAGUGGCGGCACCCUGAACACGAUUCUGAGCAUCUUCGACUGGCGUCCCAUGUCCGAGAUGCCCGAUUCGUUUGGCCCGUACUCGCUGACAGCAUCUGCGCCACCCAAGGAUAUUCCCGGUGAAACUAUCCUGCAGAAGCUAUUCGGUGUGCGCUCGAUCCGCGACCUGGGCUCCGUGACCACGUCUCCGAACGGAAUGGCCGACGUUGCCCUUGUGCACCGCAGCAGCAGUCUUAUGCCCGAGCUUUACGGCCAGCGGUUCGUCUUCCACCAGUUCCUGUCCGUGCGUAACGCCUUCAUCGGCGUCGCCAUCCAUGUGGGUUUCCUGCUCGGGAUGUCGCUGCUGAUGAUCCCGCCCGUGCGCUGGCUCCUGCGCAAGUUUGUCUAUUCUCCGGGAAAUGGACCCAGCCGAGAGGACUCGCUGAAUGACCGCCUUGAAUACCAUGCCGUCGCAACUGCAGACCAGUCCUCCACGGCCCCGCAGCGCAUGUUCGGCAAGCUGUCCUAUGAGGGAGGCAUGUACCUCUUCACCGGAUUGCUGCUGGCCGAGGCUGCCAUGGUAAUUCUCAAGGAAGAGGAGAAAGUCAGAAAGGUCUCGCGGGGCGGGAUCGUCACUUCGGCUACUCUGGGCCAGGACUUUGUCGAUCGCCUGGAGAAGGUCGGCUGCCAUAUUGAAACCAAGGUCUUCCAUUAUUAA